AUGCAAAUCGAGCUUUCGAGCGAUCGGGACUAUUCCAAUGUUCCGACUAUGAUGAAGCUUGAGCCUAUAAUGUCCAUUGCCUCGGGCGUCAGCGCCCCAAAGAUCAUAACCGCGGACGCAAUCAUGGAACAGGUGUUUGCAGCCGUUUCCGAGGUGUUCAAGUUGCACAGAACGACAAGACAGCGCAAUCUAGGAAUCAGGACGUACAAGGUAUUGCCACUUACUUCUGCCUCAGGGCUAAUCGAGUUCGUCUCCGACACCAUUCCCUUGCAUGAGUACCUAAUGCCCGCCCAUGAACGAUACUACCCGAAGGACUUAAAGGGAUCGCAGUGUCGUAAGGAGAUUUCCGCGGUGCAAUCUAAGCCUCUGGAAACGCGAAUCAGCACAUACCGUAAGGUUACGGACAAAUUCCAUCCUGUGAUGAAGUAUUUCUUCAUGGAGAAUUUCCCCGAUCCGGAUGAAUGGUACGUCAAGAGGCUUGCUUACACAAGAAGUACAGCGGCCAUUUCCAUGCUCGGCCACGUGUUGGGCCUUGGGGACAGGCACGGUCACAACAUUCUUCUCGACACCAAGAAUGGGGAAGUUGUGCAUAUUGACCUCGGAGUAGCAUUCGAGAUGGGUCGAGUGCUUCCGGUCCCUGAGCUUGUACCUUUCCGGAUGACCAGGGACAUUGUGGAUGGUAUGGGCAUAACGAAGACGGAGGGAGUGUUCAGAAGGUGCUGCGAGUUUGCGCUUGACGCCAUGAGGGAAGAGACUUACUCCAUCAUGACUAUCCUGGAUGUCUUACGCUACGACCCCUUGUACACGUGGUCUAUAUCUCCGGUGCGUAUGGCGAAGUUGCAGGAUGCGAGGAGAACAGACGAAGGGGGCGUUGGAGACGAGCAUACCGAGAUUGAGAGCAAGAAGGCGGUCAACGAGCCAUCAGAGGCGGACAGAGCUCUGGAGGUUGUUCAAAAGAAGCUGUCAAAGACACUGAGCGUGACGGCUACAGUGAACGACCUCAUCAACCAAGCCACGGACGAAAAGCAUUUGGCAGUGCUCUAUUCUGGCUGGGCAGCAUAUGCUUAA